AGACUUUUAUUAUCUAUUAAACACGGAACUGAGUGUGAACAGGGUGUAAUAGUUCUAAAUGUACUGAAUCUGAGCUCUGGGAUGAUUUAUGAACGCUGUUUUGAGUGAAACUAGUGAUUUGUUUAUAAGUACUCUACCAUCACCAGGAGCUCAGUGUAGAGUAAUAAUGGAGUGGAAGAAUCAUCUGCACUUGAUUGUUAUUUUGCUCUGUUUUCAUCAUGUCACCUCGUUUAAUCUGGACAUGGACAAACCUGCAGUUUUCUCUGGACCUUCUGGAAGUUAUUUCGGCUUUUCUGUGGAUUUCUUCAGUCCUGAUAAACAGUUGAACAUCCUGGUGGGCGCUCCCAAAGCCAACACCACUGAUUCUACGUCUGUAACAGAGCGCGGUGCCGUCUACAGCUGCCCAUGGCAAUCAGAUGGCAAAUGCACGCAGAUACUGUUCGAUAACACUGAUAACCGGGUGGAGAACGGUGAGCAGAUGGAGUUCAAGUCCAGUCAGUGGUUUGGAGCUACAGUCCGAUCGGAUGGAGAAUACAUCCUGGCGUGCGCACCGCUCUACCAGUGGAGUACGUAUGGAUUUAAGGAGCGUGAACCUGUCGGGACGUGUUUCCUGAAGAAAGGACCUACAGUGGUGGAGUAUUCACCCUGUCGCUCAGGUGGGGCAACACCUGAGCAUCAGGGUUUUUGCCAGGCUGGCUUCAGUGCAGAUAUUGUGAAGAACAAGCGCCUGGUUAUCGGAGGCCCGGGCAGCUUCUAUUGGCAAGGUCAGCUGAUCUCAGACGACAUUUCUGAGGUGAUCAGUAGGUUCAAUAAGCAGUUAACCAUCAAGUAUGCCAACCAGAUGUCCACCAAACCAGCCAGUGCCCAGUAUGAUGAUAGUUAUCUGGGUUACUCUGUUGCGAUUGGUGAUUUUGAUCAGGAUGGAGUGGAUGAUUAUGUGACUGGUGUGCCGAGAGGAGAGAAAGCUCUGGGAUACGUGAACGUCUUCAACGGAAAAAGCAUGGCGUCCAUGGUGAACUUCACCGGCCAGCAGAUGGCGGCUUAUUUUGGUAACGCUGUGGCAGCGACUGAUAUUAACAACGAUGGGUUGGUGGAUUUGUUCGUGGGUGCUCCUCUCUUCAUGGAGCGUGGAUCUGAUGGGAAGCUACGUGAGGUGGGUCAGGUGUACGUUUACCUGUCGAAGGGAGGGUUCUCCUUCCAUCCUCCUCUCAGACUGACCGGUUCUGAGGCGUACGCUCGAUUCGGAAGCUCCAUCACCACUCUUGGAGACCUGGACAUGGACGGUUUUAAAGACGUGGCCAUCUCGGCUCCCUAUGGUGGCUCCUCUCGACAGGGCUUGGUGUACAUCUAUAAUGGGCGUGCAACAGGGCCUGAUACUCAGCCCUCUCAGGUUUUGGAGGGAAAGUGGGCGUCGACCUCAGUGCCCGCCAGUUUCGGCUAUGCCAUGAACGGAGAGAUGGACAUCGACCAGAACGGAUAUCCGGAUCUGGUGGUGGGCGUGUUUGGAGCUGAUAAAGCGGUUCUCUACAGGGCUCGACCGGUAAUCAGUGUGAACUCUACACUGGACAUCACUCCACAGAUCCUCAGUCCGGAGGAGAAACGCUGUAAGCUGCCUGGAACCCAGACCGCGGUGUCCUGUUUCAUGGUGAAGUACUGUCUUAAAGCCAGCGGCAAAGGAGCUCCGCCCAGUCUUCAGUUUCAGGUGGAUCUGACUCUGGACCGCUUGAAACAGAAGGGGGCGAUAAAGCGGGUGUUAUUCUUACACAACAGUCUUCCUCAGUACACAAAGUUCUUGACAGUGACUAACGGAGCAUCAGCUUCCUGUGAGGAACUACAGGCCUAUCUCAUAGACGACUCAGAGUUCCGGGAUAAGAUCACGCCCAUCUCCAUAUUCAUGGAAUAUAAACUGGAUUAUGAGCGCGCAGCAGAUAAGACGGGUCUGCAGCCCAUUCUGGACCAGAACAACCCAGCUAACAUCACUAAACAGGCUCACAUUCUGCUGGACUGUGGUGAUGACAAUAUCUGUAAACCAGAUCUGAAACUGGCAGUGGUCAGCGAUCAGAAGCAGAUCUAUAUCGGAGAUGAUAAUCCUCUGACCCUGGAGGUGACGGCGGAGAACCGUGGCGAGGGAGCGUACGAGGCCGAGCUCAGCGUGAUCAUUCCUCCUCAGGCUGAUUUUAUCGGAGUAGUGAGGAACAGUGAGACAUUGUCGAGGCUCUCCUGUGCAUAUAAGAGAGAGAAUCAGACCAGAGUGGUGUGUGAUCUCGGGAAUCCGAUGAAAGGGGGAACAAAGAUCAUGGCGGGGUUACGGUUUAGUGUUCAUCAGCUAUCAGAACAGGACACUUCAGUCAAAUUCGACCUGCAGAUACAGAGCUCGAAUCAGUACGACAACACCAGUAAUCUGGUUUCCAUCAACAUUCAGCUCGCCGUGCUGGCCAAAGUGGAGAUACGAGGAGCUUCUGCUCCGGAGCAGAUUUUCUUGCCCAUUGCUAACUGGCAACCGAAAGACAAUCCAGUGGUGGAGGACGACAUUGGUCCACCAGUGCAGCACAUCUAUGAGUUGAGGAAUAGAGGACCGAGUGCAUUCUCAAAAGCCAUGCUGGAUGUGGACUGGCCCUAUCGCUACAAUAACGGCUCUCUGCUCUACAUCACCAAGUACGAGGUGGACGGAGCCAUGAACUGCACCACCGACGUCCAGAUCAACCCACUCAACGUCUCCAACCCCAUGUACUGGAACAAGAACACAAGCGUUUCCGGGGGCGACCGGCCUGAGGGACGAACUAGAAGCCACGUUCACCGCAGAGACCUGCAGGAGCAGAAAGCCGAGGAGGCCAUGCUCACACUGGACUGCGAGAAGGCUCAGUGUUUGAAGAUUAGGUGCCAGGUUGGGCGUUUGGAGAGAGGACAGAGCGCCAUCCUGUUCAUCUACUCAAGACUGGCUGUGUCCACCUUCCUCCAGUCGGAGGUUCAGAACCGAUCAUACGUGGUGAAAUCAUCAGCUUCAUUCAGCGUGAUUGAGAUGCCCUAUAAGAACCUGGUGUUUGAACUGCCUGCCAACAGCACAUCUGCGAGUCUAAAUGUGGUGUGGGUGAAUUCGGAGCUGACCCAGCCGGCUCCUGUCUGGGUGGUGGUGGUAGCCGUGUUAGCGGGUCUGCUACUGCUCGCUCUGCUAAUCUUCAUCAUGUACAAGCUGGGGUUCUUUAAGCGUGUGCGCCCCCCUCAGGACAAAUCAGAGAAGGAACAGCUUCAACCACAGGAGAACGGAGACCGAGCGGCUGAAAACUGAUUCACACUCCUGCACUCUAAACUCCAGAGCUAACACACAUCCACAUGUAGUGGUCUGUGUGUGUGUGUGUGUGUGUAUAGAGAGAUAGAGAAAGUAUGUGUGCAUGUGAGUGUGUGUGUGUGUUCAUAUAGAGAGAGACAAAGUGUGUGUGUAUGUAAAGAGAGACAGAGAAACUAUGUGUGCAUGUGAGUGUGUGUGUGUUUAUAUAGAGAGAGACAAAGUGUGUGUGUAGAGAUAGAGAAAGUAUGUCUGCAUGUGAGUGUGUGUGUGUUUAUAGAGCAAGAGGGAGUGUGUGUGUGUGUGCAUGCGUGUAUGUAAAGAGAGAUGGAGAAAGUGUGUGUGUGUGUGUUUAUAGAGCAAGAGGGAGUGUGUGUGUGUUACUGGGCACUAUCUGCCUCUUUCCUUCACUUUAGUGCACUGACCUGUGUAGGAUUAAGACAUUUCAGAUCCAGUUUAGGAUGCGGUGGGUGAAAUCUUUGACUCUAGUGUUUAGAAUGCGUACUACAACAUCGGUAACAUAAGAUGCUAGGAGUAUAGCACAGGAGUCUGCCAUGUUUACAUUUGUGAGCAGAUUAUGGUAGCGCUCUUGGGGACGUGCCUGACUGUGUUCUUUUAGACUGGCUUUGAUCGAAUUGGUUCAAAUUAAUGCAGUUUAGUUUGAUUUCAUUUCUUUUCAUUAUAAAUAAUAAGGAUGAAACGUUGAUUAAUAACAGUUACGUUUGACAGAUUCAUGGAUUAAAUUAAAUGUAAAUGAAUCAGUCUAAAACACUGAAAGAUCAAGGUGCAAAAGUGAUGUUUUGCAGAUGAUUUGCUCUGGUGUCAGUUCAGCGUUUUCAGUAUUUUUCUGUUUGCUGCGUUUGGGGCGUGUGCCGACAUAAGAUCACUAUAAUCAUGAUUAUUUAUUUAAAAAUGUUGGUAAUAAUUAGAGCAUAAAUUUUCUGGCUGAUUCCCAGUCUAAUGAUAUUAUCGUCAGAUUAGUAACAUCUAUUUUUGCUGAUAAUGUAAACACAUGAUACUAGCAAAGUUUUUAACGUACACUUGGCGUCUUUAAGAACUCAUUUCUUUCCCUGGCAUCUUGCCGUGACCGUUAAGUAUCACGAUUAAUCAUGCAGCUAGUUAUUGGCACUGCUGUUUCUGAGGUACUAGAUGAUCUGAUUAUUUACACAAUGGUCCUAAUCUAAACUCAGCAUAUUUAAUAAUGAUAAUGGAUCGUCAGUGUCAUUUUAUUACUGUUUACUAACUUCUUACACAAUGUUUUUGUUUUAGGUUUUUUUGUUUUUAGUUUUCUACAGAAUGAACUGUUUGAUUUUUAUUUCGUUCUCUUUGUUUUGAUCAAGAUCAUGUUUUUGUAACAAUUAAUAACAGAUUUAAUGCUCUGUGAUGGAUAUUUGCAUUGCAAAUGUAACAUAUUCGAAUGAAUCUCACAGUCUUUUAAUCAAUCUCACACUCUGCAGCGCCGGUGAAACAUCAACGGCAAAUACUGUUAAUUAUUGUUAAAAAUAAAUAACCGGAUGUGUUAUUUAAAUAAUUAUGCUUUUUUAUUAAUAUGUGGAAACAUUAAGAAAUGUGAUUGUUUAUGUUGACGACGUGUUCACCAGUGUAUACAUUAAUAAUAAUCACAUAAAUACAGAGUUUAAGUUGGGAUGUCUAUGGGUGCUCGGGUGGCACAGCAUUAAACUAUGCUUGCCCACUACUGCUGAGAUUCGGGGGAUCCAGGGUUCAAAUCUCAGUGCUACAUGAUUAGCUAAUGCUCAAAGGGAAGGGGGGUAGGCAUCCUAGCCAUUGGGAGGUGCACUUGUCAGUGUGAUCUCAGUGCAGGUCCCAAGCCAAAACCAUAUCUGCUGUGAUGAGCACGGGUGUCUAAAACUUUGCAUAAGACGUUAUAAUGAAUUUCCACCCUUAAAAUGUAAUAUUUGUAAUGAUGCAUUAAAUCCUGGCCCGAUUCAUUUAUCCAUACUGGGUCAGAGCAGACGUGAGCGGUUCACUUUGAUGUUUCUCCUGGUCUGCACAUCACACACACCACUAUCAGACUGGUUCUGCUCUUCUGAUGUGCUGCAUCGAUCAGAAAGUGCAUUAUUGAUGACAUUAUUAAUGACGAUUCAGACCUAUUUUGGGAAAACUGAUUGAACAAAGCUGCUGGGUAUUGUCAUUCUCUUCCACAUUCUGCAGUUCAUUCUUCUGGAGCAGGUUUCCUCUCUCUGCUAACUUUGUACCUAUUUCUGCAUUACGGUUAAUAAAUAACUGAUUUUUAACUCAA